AAUCAAGCAUUUAAAUUCUAAAAAUAAAUGGUCAUCAUCGUAAUUUAAAAGUCGACUAGUGUGGGCGCAAUCUACGUAAAUUUUUUCCACAAAAACGUUAACUGUGCACGAACGACAAUAAACGAUUUAUGUGUGCAAACAGAAGAUAGUGUUGGUGCUUCUUGGCUGCUUGGCCUUGCUUUUGACACCUCACUUAACACACACACCCAAGUUUGUUAAAAAGUUUUGUUAUUUUCAAUAGUAAAUUGCAUAUAAGCGAUAAGGCAAAAAUGCAGGCUAUAAAGUGCGUUGUUGUAGGCGAUGGUGCUGUUGGUAAAACUUGCUUACUAAUUUCGUACACUACCAAUGCUUUUCCUGGCGAAUACAUACCAACAGUGUUUGACAAUUACUCUGCAAAUGUUAUGGUCGACGGCAAACCCAUCAAUUUGGGCCUAUGGGAUACAGCGGGGCAAGAAGAUUACGACAGGCUCAGGCCGUUAUCGUAUCCACAAACCGAUGUUUUCCUUAUUUGUUUUUCGUUGGUUAAUCCUGCCUCGUUUGAAAAUGUUAGAGCUAAAUGGUAUCCAGAAGUGAGGCAUCAUUGUCCCAACACCCCCAUUAUAUUGGUAGGAACGAAAUUAGAUCUGAGAGAGGACAAAACGACCAUUGAGAAGUUAAAAGAUAAAAAAUUGGCUCCAAUAACUUAUCCACAAGGUUUGGCUAUGGCAAAGGAAAUAAGCGCAGUAAAGUAUCUAGAAUGUUCGGCUCUGACCCAAAAAGGACUCAAAACCGUAUUCGACGAAGCUAUCAGAGCGGUGCUGUGCCCCGUCAUGCCUCCCAAACCAAAACGCAAGUGUACGCUUCUGUAAUAGAGUUAAGUAGCCAUCAAAUUGUUAAUUUUUUCCUUUCUUGAAAGUGUUUUAAAUUUAAGAAAAAAAAAACGUAAUUUUGUUGCAAUAAUAAUUAUUAUUUUUUGGGGGGCUAUUAAAACUAUUGUAAAUAGAUUGUAAUUUGUUUAUUUUUCUGGAAAUUUAAAACAGUUUUAAGGUUUAGCAGAUCUGUAGUUACGAAUUGUAGACAAAUUAUUUAUUGUCUGCUUUCUAACAAGACAAUUGCAUCUAAGGUUGCCAUAUUUUAUUCAGCUAAUUUGUAAAUAAUUCGCAACUAUGGUGUACAGGCACAACUUUUUUUGACUAGAGUAAAAAAAUAUAGUCAUAAAUUUAUGAGAUGUGAGUAUAUGUGAUUCAUUGUUCAUGUAUGUAGGGCAUGAAAAAGUUGGUUUCACGGUCCUAUACCUUUACCCCCCAAGAUAAAGUCAGCUGGUAAUGGAAUACAGAGCAAAAUAUUAUCAGACUUUGUUGCUUAAGUAUGUUAUGUUUUCAAGAUUUAGUGUAAAGUGCGAUCAAAAUAGUGAAGAAAAUGAUGCCAAAGUUUUACUUACUAGAAAUUACCAAAAAGAGAUUUACUGGAAUUUAAAGUCGCUCCGUUAAGUUUCCUCGCACCUUGAGAAAGCCUUCGAGGUUUAGAAUUGACAUGACUAAUUUGUCAAAUAGUAGCAAGUGUCCAUGCUAAAGUCACACGCUCCAAGGAAGACUCAGGGAACAACAGUUGUGAAUUGGGCCCUUAUUAGAAAAGUGAACUUUGCUGAAAAUUUGAUGCUACAUGCUCGUUUUAUUGCGUCCAAUACAAGCAUGUAUUUUGAUUGCGCUUGACUCUAAAUCUUGAAGUUUUUGAUAAACAAUAUGGAAAAUUGAGAAUAAGAUACCCACCUACACUGGUGCAGUUUUGCCAACUGUAAUUUUAAAAUUUACUAGAAUUUCCCUGGAAGUUUAUCGCUUUUGUAUUUUUCUACAAGUAAUCUUUAUCUUUGGCAGCAUGAUGGUCUCUUCAAUAUUUCUGGCAAAACUUUAUUUUUCAAUUACUCAUUAAUGCAUUUAUUCAUAUGUGUUUCUCUUUUGCAGUAACUUUGGUAACUUGCCAUAAAUAUACCUACGUAAUUAAAUAGAUUUGUGGUAACGUCAAGAUUGUUUGUUUUUUUGGUUGAAUUUAAUAAUUGAAUGUUUUAAACUUGUUAGAUAUUUUUUAAAUUGCUUUAAAGUAAUAUGUAGUUGUAAUUAGUCAAUUAUGGUAAGUGUAGUGUUGGGAGGUUUUGAAAUGCGAGAAACUUAAGUAAAUUUUAUCUAUCAAUAAUUCACAAAGUGCAUUUUAUUGACGGUGUGACAAAUUUAGUUGGACUAGAACCUAGGAAUGCAGAGACAUAUGAAAUCUUGUAAAACUUUAUUGAGUAUAGAAAUUGUUUAUAUGUAUGAACUUCCUUUUGCUCACAUCUUACUUUGCCAGGUGGUCUUAUCUUGGGCCAAACCUUAUGGGGAUCGUGCCUCCCAACAUUAUCAUGUACUUGAUAGACUUUAUCAAUAUAUUUUUUUUUGUAACUAAUAAUAAUUGAGAUUUACUAUAUUUUAUCGAGUUGUAACAUAUUUUGUAAAGAAAACGUUUAUAUUCAAAUAAAAUUUAUUUCUUUCAUAGGCGUUUUAUUUUAUUUUUUGUUUUGGUAGGUAGGUUAUAAAGAGUUGCAUUAUCAAAUUAUCAUCAAACAUAGACAAUUUAAUGCUAAAAUGUUAUUUGAUGUUUGUAACAAGACUUAUCGCUUAGAUAGUUAAAUUGAUGUUGAUUUUUUUUACCAGCAUACAAGUUGGAUUUACAAAAAAAUUGAGGAUAUUGAAACACUGCCAUCAGAUCGCACAAGAAACUUAAUUUUGGCUAAAGUAUAUUUUCCCUAGAAUCUUCAAAUACCCUGUCAAUUCUAAUGUUAGUAAUAGAUCUAACUCGUAUGCGUAAAUUGCUUAUUAUGUAUUGAAUAAUGAAUGUUAAGUUUUCUGUCAUAUCAGCGCAAAAAAAAAUGUUACAUAAUAAUUGCAAUAAUUAAAAUCAAAAUUUCAAUCCUCCUCCAAGCUUUUCUUGAAUAUAAUUUUCAUUCUUUUGUACAUAAAAUAGAUAAUUUCUGGAAAAAUGUUUUUAUAUAAUAUUUAAAUUAUACAUAAUAAUUAUUAUAUUUUUAUAUUACUACUAUUACAUUUGCUUUUGUUGUAUUAUUACACGUUUGGGGAACAUUGCAGGUUAAUUGUAAAAUGAAACAUUGUGGGUGUUUUUUUCCUUUUAAAUCAUCUAUAGAUAAAGCAUAUUCCUAGAUAAUGAUUUUGUCAGACGUGUACACAGUUUUUUGUUGUCAUUGUUUAAAUUGUCCCUUAAUAAACUUCAUAAUUAUUUUUUUUCAUAUAAUUAUUAUGUUAAACAUAGGCUAUUAAAUGUCACUUUUAUGUCAUAUAAAUAAUCUAAUUGGGACUACUACUGUGUGUAUUUUGUAAAUACUAAAGAAUUAUAAUAGAACAUUAAUAAGGUUUAUAGAAUAAAGAAAAAAUAUUAAGAGAUGUAA